AUGUCUAUAUUUUUUUUAUCUAUCUACAUGUGGAUCUUAUUCUCUCUGUUUAUAUCUAGAUCUUUCCUUCUACAUCUGAACCGUUCUCUUUCUGUCUAUCUGGAUCUUUCUAUCUAUCGCUAUCUGGAUCUUUCUUUCUGUCUGCAUCUUUCUGUCUACAUCUUCAUCUUUUUAUCCACAUUUUGGUCUUUCUUUUCACCUUUCCUUGUGUCUACGUCUACAUUCUAUAUGUUUAAACCUAGAUUUUUUUUUUAUCUACAUCAGGACAUAUUAUUUCUACACCUGGAUCAUUAUGUCUCUAUCUGCAUUUUUCUCUCGGUCCCUAUCCCGAUCUUUCUAUCGGGAUUUUUUAUCUAUCACUAUGUGAUUCAUUCUACCUAUCACUAUCUGAAUCAUUCUGUCUACAUAUCCAUUUUUUCUGCCUACAUCUGGGCCGUUCUUUCUUCCUUCUUUCGUUGUAUCUUUCCUUCUACGGCUGCGUCUUUUCUCUCUGGAUCUUUCUUUUAUGUGUCAACAUCUGUAUCCUCUCUCUCUCUCUCUCUCUUUAUCUGUCUCUAUCUGGAUCUUUCUGUCUGCAUAGUUCUGCCUACAUCUGAAUCUUUCUGUCUACAAUAUGGGUCUUUCUUCCUUCCUUCGUUGUGUCUACGUUUACAUUUUAUAUGUUUAAAGCUGGAUCUUUAUAUCUACAUCAGGACAUUUUAUUUCUACGUCUGGAUCGUUCUCUCUCUGUCUGGAUCUUUCUGUCUCUAUCUGGAUAUUUCAAUCUGUCUCUAUCUGGAAUUUUCUCUCUGUCGCUGUCUAGAUCUUUAUAUCUGGAUCUUUUUACCUAUCGCUAUCUGGAAUUUUUUUUCUGUCUGA